AUGCUAUUUCCUACCCCCGCCAAUGAAAGCAGUUCCUUCGACGAAUUCUUCAACGAGGACAUGUACAGGCUUGACGUCAGCGACGAAGAGAACAAAGAGCACUAUGCAGACUUUGAAGACAUGUUUAGCAACGACGCGCUGUCAAAAGAUCAAUACCGAUUUCCCUCAUUCGAGGCACCGGCGAAAAGCGAAUAUUCACCUCCUCAACCAUGGCGGCAAGGCGUCUGGUGCCUUAAGCAACGACAACCGGCCUCACGGCUUGUUGUGGAAAAGACGCGGAGGGCUGAGACAAAGCGGCCAGGAGCCAUUCAAACAAUGAACUCGGUCACUCACCAUACCGACGCCACACACGAGCCACCGCGGUCGGUUGAGAUCGGCUCUCCCAGUCGAACAAAGCGAUUUGCAACCUCCCCAGCUGCCAGAUUGUAUGAUCCAGCUUCCGUCCGACCCCCAAUUUCUCGUGAAGUCACCCUCUCACCAACCCCGAUGUAUUCUCAGCUCCCGGACUUGCCCCAAUCUGGCCAUGCAGACAUCAGUGGUUGGCAGCAGGAUUUCCAGAACUUCCACCUGCGCAUGCCGUAUGAGUCUCGGUUGCAGCCUGCCUCCGGGGCAAUGUCUCCGGUUUCGAAUCCUUCAGAGUCGUUCAGGGCCCUCAACGCUGGGAUUGCGGCCCAAAAUCAAGGAGUCUGUAUCCCAGGCUCUAGGUACCAAGGUCACCACGCCCACGCGGGAUCCUCGGCCGUCACCGAGCCUUUGUCGGCCGACCAGGAUGGGAGCGGAUAUCAGAAGUCUCGGUCUGGUCAUAGUCAAGAGUCGUUCAUGUCCCGCCACAUACCUGGCAGCCACGGACCAAAACCCGCGCAUUCACCGAUCAGUGGCAGUUUCCCUUCGUCAAGUAGCUCAACACAUUCGCGUGAGACACAAACUCAUAUCUCGAGCACGAAUCCCAGCAUGUACUCGCAAGCCAUGUUUUCACCGCCCUCAAUGAAUUCCCAUCCACCUCUUCCGACGCUGGAACCCGAAGAGACAUAUCCCGCAUUGGCAGCGCCGACGCCACAGCGUGCGGCUCAUCACAUUCUGCAGCAGGAUACCGAACAUGCAUUCACCGGGCUGGGCAUUCAUUACCCAGAACUAGACCAGAUGAACCAAGCAGUGUUUUACGAGCCGCAGGACUACCUCCACGAGACCCAGGCUUCGGUCGGCGUUGCCGUGCCAUAUCCGGCAACGACAAUGCCCGCGCCGGUCACGAUGACUUCGUGGCAUCCGCUCCCGCCUCCGCCGUCGUAUGUCUUCCCCGAGAGUUCGCCGUUUACAACGCCACGGAAGCAACGUCGUUCACCGUCUCGAUCACCCUCGCCUUCCAUAUCACCAACGAACAUCAGUCCCCGCCGUAAUCCGCACCGGUCGCCCACCAGGAAUGUGACAGAGUACAGCCAUAGCCGACGCAAGUCGAUCCAUAAAUCUGGUCCGAUCAGGGAUGUGGGAUCACUAGAGCCCCUGCCCGUGCCGCGGACAAGAUCGGCCUCGCGUCCUCCCCGUACGCUCAAGACGCCCAAGACUCCGACGGGGGGUGCAACUGUAAUUGACUUUGUGAAUUUUACCCCCAAGGACUCAGCCAAGUUGCUCGGCGAUGUGGCGCCGAGCGGAAGUUCCAAGACAAGAGCUCGACGGGAGAUGGAAGCGAGGGAGAAGAGGAAGAAGCUGGGGGAAGCAGCAUUGAAGGCCGUGAAAGUGGCUGGAGGGGAUGUGGCGGCAUUCGAGAAGGCCAUCUUUACAUAG